GCAGACAGAAGCCAGCAGCUAAUCAGCAGCGGAGAGACCAUGAGCGGAAGAGUUGGGGAUCUGAGCCCGAAGCAGGCGGAGGCACUAGACAAGUUCCGUGAGAACAUCAAGGAUGUACUGCCCUCCCUCCCUUAUCAAGAUGACUGUUACCUCUUGCGAUGGCUUCGAGCCCGCUGUUUUGACCUGCAGAAAUCUGAGGGCAUGCUCCGCAAGCACAUUGAGGUGAGAAAGGUCAUGGAUGCCGACAACAUUGAAAACUGGAAGGCCCCAGAGGUUAUCGAGAAGUACUUGUCUGGAGGCCAGUGUGGGUAUGACCGGGAUGGCUGCCCUGUUUGGUACGAGAUCAUUGGGCCCCUGGAUCCCAAAGGCCUGUUCUUCUCAGCUUCCAAGCAAGAUUUGAUCAAAUACAAGUUCCGCGACUGCCAAAGGCUGCUGCAGGAGUGUGACAGGCAGAGCCAGAAGCUGGGGAAGAAGAUUGAGAUGGUCAUGAUGAUCUUUGACUGCGAGGGGCUGAGCCUGAAGCAUCUGUGGAAGCCAGCCAUUGAAGCCUAUGGAGAGUUCCUUGGCAUGUUUGAGGAGAACUACCCUGAGACCCUGAAGCGUCUGUUUAUCAUUAAAGCUCCCAAGCUCUUUCCUGUGGCCUACAACCUUAUCAAGCACUUCCUGAGUGAAGACACCCGCAAGAAGAUUGUGGUCCUGGGAGCAAACUGGAAGGAAGUCUUGCAGAAGUACAUCGACCAUGAGGAGAUCCCUGUGGAGUUUGGAGGAACUCGUACAGACCCAGAUGGAAACCCCAAGUGUGAGACCAAGAUCAACUAUGGCGGUGAUAUCCCCAAGACAUACUAUGUGCGGAACCAGGUGACACAGAAGUACGAGCACUCAGUGGUGGUGAACCGGGGCUCCUCCCACCAGGUGGAGUACGAGAUCCUCUUCCCAGGCUGUGUCCUCAGGUGGCAGUUCAUGUCAGAUGGGUCCGACGUGGGCUUUGGGGUCUAUCUGAAGACUAAAAUUGGGGAACGGCAGCGUGCUGGUGACAUGACAGAAGUGCACCCCACCCAGCGCUACAAUGCACACAUGGUGCCUGAGGAUGGCUCCCUCACCUGCUCCACACCUGGUAUCUAUGUGCUGCGGUUUGACAACACCUAUAGCUACCUCCAUGCCAAGAAGGUCAGCUACACAGUGGAGGUCUUGCUUCCAGACAAGAAAUCAGAAGAACAGAUCGAGCAGCUGGGAGAGAAGAUAAAUGAGGUGGCCCUCAACAAUGCCUAGUUAUGACUGCCUGUAAAGACCUGCUUCCCUCUCUCUGAUUCCCAGCCCUGCUCCCAGUCCUCUCCCUAUCAGAAAACCAUUGCUUUCCCCCAGACCCAUCCUGCCAGUUUCUAUUAAGAACUAGGAUGGGAGCCAUUCUCUAGAGAACUUUUGCCAGGGGCCAUUAGAACAUGCAGCAGCUUCUCUGGAGUGCUCCUUUGCCCUGCGUGAGUGGGGUAGGUCCUGGCUUGUUUAGGUACAGGGGGUUGUUUGCAGAGAAUGGGGAAUGGGCUUUGCAGGGAUGCGGGCUCCCCAUCUGCCUUGGAGCUGCAUAGAAUGAGCCUACUGGAGCCUGUACCAGUGUGAGGGCAGCCUCUUCACAGCCAGUAUUUCUGAUCUUGCUCUCUGUCCCCAGACUAGUGCCAGGUCAGGUUGCCAAUCCACUGAGUGACUGUCAGGUUACCUGGUCCCUUAGAGGAAGCCUGAUCUUCAAGCGCCUGGGCUAGGUAGGUGUGCUGAAGUCAUGGAAGGCAUUCAGGAAGGAAGCCAUUUGUUUUAAGUUUAAGUUUUCCCCACACCACCAUCUGGUAGGAGGAUCCUACUUUAUGCACUUGGCUGAGCUGAAAAUAGGGGCAUGAGCAGGCAGGAGCAUGUCAGAGGCAUCUCUCCUACAGUAGUAUGAAGUGUAACAGGUGAGAGAUGACUGCAGCAGCAAGUCUCUGUGGGUACCUGUGUGCUGCAAUCUGGAGGGGUGCGUGCAGCAUGUACUGACAUACCCAAUCUGGCUUUAGUCUAGGUAGCUCAGAUACUGGUAGCAGUGAAGCUCCAGCACCCUGUAGGCUGUACAAGCCCAAGUGAGACUUACUCAGGUAGUUGGCUAACACUAAAGUCUACGGCAUCGUAUCAUCACUGAUGUUAGUACCUGAGAUAACUAGAGUAAAGCUAGCCAAGGUGGGCUGCACUCACACCUCUGUGCAUGGUGAAAACACCCACGGGGUGGCAGUCCUGCUGGUCCAUUGCAACACAGAUGUCUGCUAGAGGGCAGAAGGCCUCUCCUCUCAUCUCACUCCAGCUUGUCUGAGUAAUUCACUGCCAUGCUCAUUAACAUUUGUAUUUAACAUUUCCUAAGAACAUGAGAGCAUCCCAGAGGCCAGCACUACAUACCCUCUCUCUUUAUGGCUCAGUCUGUCCCAAGAUAAGACUUGUGAGGGACUGGAUAAAGUCCAGUCAGCUGGAAGGGAGUUGGGCAACCUAAAAAGAGGGGUGGUCAAGAAAAGCACAACAGAGUGGGAGUGCAGGAGCACAGAGCCCAAACAUAGAGGGAGACAAUUUGUGGAAUAAUGGCUUAUUUGGCCUGUGUCCCCCUUUGCAUCAGAACAGCUACACAUGAGAAUUUACUUUACACCCCCUGUUCCAUGCACUUACGAGGGCCGGCCAUAAGCACACAGGCCCCUGAGCUUCUAGGGGGCCUGGACACUCAGAGGAUAACCUGAUCUCUUGCCAUGUACCUCCAUCCCCAGUAAGCAGCCUACCUUCUGCUUGGGACCCUACAAAUUAUAAGCCAGAAUCCUUUUUCCCACGUGACACCCCAACUCUACUGGCUCCCUGAGGAAAAGACAGGGGCUCCCUAUGCUAGAGCAGUUAUGUGCAAUAUGACUGUAUGCUGGUUGGGAACACAGCCCAUCCGGCUGACUUGCACACCCCCCUCACCUGCCUGACUGGAGCUCCAGCUGUAGGAGAGAAGAACCUGGAGACCAGAUAGAGACAAACCUAUGCGGGGGCAUUAAGAGUCAACUGGGAAGCAGAUGAUGCGCUGUCUUAGCUGAGCAAAUGGAACAGGUGGAAAUGUCCAAGGCAAGAGCCUGCUGCUCACCACUACCAGCAAGCUAACUGUAGCAGGGAACCAAGAUGGGUCAUCUGCCAAAAGCAGCUGGAUGACUUGCAUGCAGUUUGCACAGUAUGCAAACCUGGGAUCCCCAUGAGACACAGGAAAAUGGCCAGUUCAAACCAAAUGCAGAACAGAUCGUGGAGAGACGAAAGGAAGGGAUUAUUGCCUUGCCCAGUUAUGGCUUUUCUAGGAUGCCUCUUGAUGAUCCAAGCAGCGUGAACGUGGGAAAGCACUGACUGUAAUGGGGGAGCAGGGGGAUUUCAUGAAGGACAAAUUCAGCCCAUGCUGAGAUCAAGUCCUGAAGCAGCAGCACUAUUGCAGCUCUCUGGAAAUGAUGCGGCACUUCUUGUUCUUUGGUUUCAAUGUCACAGAUAAUCAGAGGAAAAUAGUGAUCACAUGCACUGGCCCACACUGCGGGGCUACACGGCCUAGACUGUAUCACCUGGUCUGUGCCUGGCCUUGACCAUCCUUGGGGGCCAUAUGAGGGAUACAGCCUGGUGCGUCAGUCCGUCCGCGUGAGUAGGAAUUGUGUCUGCUACUUGUGGGCAGGGAGUCAACGGAUGAAACCCGCGCCUGCCUUGUCACUGUGGGGUGCUGCCCCCCCAUCCCCUGCUCCACUGUGUGGGGGUAGCAGCUUCGUGGCUGGGCCAAGCCACCCACGCUGGGACCAGGGCCCACAGGGGUGGCUGCCACUGCUGAGGCUUUGGCACAGGUGCAGGGGUCCCUGCAGCAGCUGGAACAUGGGUGGGCACUGCAGAGUGGUCCCCCCAUGUGGAGGUGCCUGGCAUGCCUUCCCCUCCCCCCCUACCUGCCAUAACACUUAGGGCUGGGACAAGCCACAGACACCUUUACUCGGGAUGGAAGCAGCACGGUGCAGGGCUGGGCAGCACAGCAGGCUAAGCCCUUUGGGCUGGGAUGGGCCUGGGGUAGCGGAGAGUUGUGGUCCUGCCUCACUGCCCUGGAGCCACUACCCGGUGCCCCAGCAGGAAGCAGCAUGGUGUUGUGCAGCUGUGCAUGUGCCCAGCAGUGCAGUCCACCCUCCCCUGCCCUGCCAGGGCACAGGGGAGUGGAGGUCUCUGGCGGGAAACAAGGGAGUGGAGACAGCACCAGAGGGGCCCGUGGACUGCUCAGGCCAAUCUUGGAGCAGAGACCCCGGCCUUCUGGGAUGGUGGCAAGAGGCGGGGGAUUGGUGUGGUGUAGAGCAUGGUGCUCAGCUUCUGCCCCGCAGAGCUGUGAGGCCAGUAGGGCUUGGCCUCCGGCCCACGGAGCUGUGAGGCCCGGCCUGCAGCUCCCAUGGCUGCCCAGUCAGUGCUGCUGCCAUGCCCUGCUGCCCAGUGCCCAGCCCCGGGGGCACCGGUACAGGCGCCGGGCAGUGCAGCCCCACAAGCCAGGACUGCUGGUGCCCGGGCUGAGCUGCAGCCCUGGUAGGACCUGGGCUGUAGCUCAAGCCCACAGGUGGCCGGUGGCCUCAGCGUUGCCAGGUCUUAAAUAUGAAAUUAUUGUAUUGGAAGCUCAAAAUUAUCAUAUUUGCUGAAAAAAAACCUAUUGUAUACUGAAAGAAUAUGCAAAUAAGUAUGCAAAUUUUUAUUUAUAUUGCUGGCUGUGAUUGCCAGUGAGUGAGAAGUGGGUCAUCAAAGUUUAAGCAUUUCUUUAUUUUGAGGCAAGUGCUUAUAAGAAAGUGCCAACAGCAAACCCAAAAGUCGGCUAAGACUCUCUGAGAGUGACGUGGAUUUUGCAUCGGCUGCAUCAGUUAGCUGCUUCAAAAAUUAUGGUACAUUUUGCAGGGGUGUAGGUUGUAGCCGUGUUCGUCUAAGGACACAGGCAGACAAGGUUCUUUGGGUGAAUGAUAUCUUUUAUUAGGCCAACCCA